GCUUUGGGUAGAUUGGAAUCACAUAAGCAGGGUGACAUUUAUUACUUUCCUCCCUGUUUCUUUGCACUGAGCCCUGAGAUUCCCAAGGAGUAACUGUAAAAGAUUUCUUUCGUUUUGUCCAUGAUCUGCGAGAGAGGCUCACUCUAAGAAGAGCAGGCAUGAGUUUGAGUGCAAGAAGAGUCACUCUGCCUGCAAUAACGCCAAUAGUUCUACAGAAAAGGGUGAUUAAAGUAUAUAGUGAAGAUGAAACCAGCAGGGCUUUAGAUGUACCCAGUGACAUAACGGCCCGAGAUGUUUGUCAGCUGUUGAUCCUGAAGAACCAUUACGUUGAUGACCACAGCUGGACCCUUUUUGAGCACCUGCCUCACAUGGGUGUAGAAAGAAUAAUAGAAGAUCACGAACUCUUGAUUGAAGUGCUAUCUAACUGGGGAAUGGAAGAAGAAAAUAAGCUAUAUUUUAGAAAAAAUUAUGCCAAAUAUGAAUUCUUUAAAAACCCGAUGUAUUUUUUUCCAGAACAUAUGGUAUCUUUUGCAACUGAAACAAAUGGUGAAAUAUCCCCUACACAGAUUUUGCAGAUGUUUCUGAGUUCAAGCACAUAUCCUGAAAUUCAUGGCUUCUUACAUGCAAAAGAACAGGGAAAAAAGUCUUGGAAAAAAAUUUACUUCCUUCUAAGAAGAUCUGGUUUAUAUUUUUCUACAAAGGGGACAUCAAAGGAACCACGGCAUUUGCAGUUUUUCAGUGAAUUUGGCAAUAGUGAUAUUUAUGUGUCACUGGCAGGCAAAAAAAAACACGGAGCACCGACUAACUAUGGAUUCUGCUUUAAGCCUAACAAAGCGGGAGGGCAGAGAGACCUGAAAAUGCUCUGUGCAGAAGAAGAGCAGAGUAGGACGUGCUGGGUGGCCGCGAUUAGAUUGCUUAAGUAUGGAAUGCAGCUGUACCAGAAUUAUAUGCAUCCGUAUCAAGGUAGAAGUGGCUGCAGUUCUCAGAGUAUAUCACCCAUGAGAAGUAUAUCAGAGAAUUCCCUGGUAGCAAUGGACUUCUCAGGCCAGAAAGGCAGAGUUAUAGAAAAUCCCACUGAAGCCCUUUCAGUUGCAGUUGAAGAAGGACUUGCUUGGAGGAAAAAAGGAUGCUUGCGUCUGGGCGCACAUGGAAGCCCCACGGCCCCUUCACAGAGCUCCGCCGCAAACAUGGCUAUCCACCAGUCUCAGCCGUGGUUUCACCACAAGAUUUCUAGAGAUGAGGCUCAGCGAUUGAUUAGUCAGCAAGGACCUGUGGAUGGAGUUUUCUUGGUACGGGAUAGUCAGAGUAACCCCAAAACUUUCGUACUGUCAAUGAGUCAUGGACAAAAAAUAAAGCACUUUCAAAUUAUACCAAUUGAAGAUGAUGGUGCAAUGUUCCAUACACUGGAUGAUGGCCACACAAGAUUUACCGAUCUAAUCCAGCUGGUGGAGUUCUAUCAACUUAAUAAGGGUGUUCUUCCUUGCAAGUUGAAACAUUAUUGUGCUAGGAUUGCUCUUUAGCCAAACCAGAAGUGACUUGUUAAACUAUUAAAGAAAAAAUGCUCAAGAAAAAAAAAAGAAA